AUGGCAAAUGCUGCUAAGCGAAUUCGACAUCGUGUACGUGGCGCAAAAGGCGAUCAAAGGACAAGCCCUAGCGGACCUGCUGGUAGCAAAUUCAAGAGUGUUGACUACAGCCAUACUCCAAGGGCUCAGAAUAGGUUCGCAGACGCAUUGGCCAUAAUAGCGUCUAUGAUCCAACGCCCUGAGAGCACCCACAUUGAUCCGUUAGAGAUCAUACUGAGAGAAGAGCAGGCUCACUGCGCCUAUGAAGAGGCCGAGCCAGAUGGCCAACCAUGGUACACCGACAUUAAGGCCUACCUGGAAAAAGGGGAGUAUCCCCCAGAGAGUUCAGCAAAUCAAAAGAAGACCAUCAAGAGAUUGGCCAAUGGUUUUUUCUUGAACAAGGAAAUACUAUACAAAAGGACCCCUGAUCUCGGGUUUCUCAGAUCCGUGGAUGCUGAAGAGGCCACAAAAUUGCUAAAAGAAGUGCACACGGGGGCAUGCGGACCCCACAUGAAUGGAUUCGUCCUUGCUAAGAAAAUCCUAAGGACAUGA